AUGAUCGUGUCCAAUGCGAGCUUCGGCUGCCCGAGCUGUCCCGCGCUAGGAGACGGAGAUGUCGGUGGUGGCGGCGGCGGCACGGGCUCUCUCACGCGCACGGGACAACUGGUGGUUGCCGUGUGUCUUGGGGUCAUCGGCACCUUAGGGUUCCUCAACAACUUCAUCGUUAUCACUUUGUUCUGCCGCUACCGGACGCUGCGCUCACCCAUCAACUGCAUGCUCGUGAGCAUCUCGGUGAGCGACCUGCUCGUGAGCGUGCUGGGAACGCCGUUCAGCUUCGCGGCGAGCGCCCAGGGCCGGUGGCUGAUUGGACGCAGCGGCUGCGUUUGGUACGGGUUCGUUAACGCGUGUUUGGGCAUCGUGUCUCUGAUCACGCUGGCGGUGCUGUCGUACGAGCGCCUCUGCACCAUCCUGGGCACCGCCGCCGCCGACUCCCGCAGCUACAGCCCCGCCCUGCUGGGCAUCUGCUUCUCCUGGCUGUACGCCGUGGCCUGGACCGUGCCCCCGCUGCUGGGCUGGAGCAGCUACGGCCCCGAGGGCCCCGGCGUCUCCUGCUCCGUGGACUGGCGCACGCAGACGGCCAACAACGUGUCCUACAUCCUGUGUCUGUUCCUGUUCUGCCUGGUGCUGCCCUUUGCCGUCAUCCUGUACUGCUACGGCCGCCUUCUGCUCGCCGUCCGUCAGGUGAGCCGUGUCAGCACGCCGCUGAGCCGUCGGCGGGAGCAGCGGGUGUUGCUGAUGGUGGUUACCAUGGUGAGCUGCUACCUGCUGUGCUGGCUGCCCUACGGGGUGGUGGCCCUGUUGUCAACGUUCGGCCCCCGGGACGCGGUGGGGCCCGUGGUGAGCGUGGUGCCCUCGCUGCUGGCCAAGAGCUCCACCGUGGUCAACCCCAUCAUCUACAUAUUCAUGAACAAACAGUUCUACAGGUUCUUCCGGGCCUUCCUGAGUUGCUCCGUGCCCCAGCGGGGUUCCAGCUACAAAACGUCGAGGUCCGUGCACACGGGUCGCCGUGGCAACAACAAAACCCGCCAGUUCUCGGGCCCGCCCCAGUCACUGGCUCCGCCCACUCACCCAUCCGACCAAGACACCUCCGAGAGAGCCAAUCACGUACCGGCAUUCAAGGUGGCAUCCCAGGGUUCCACGGGUACGGUUGCCAGGCCUAAGGUGAACCUGGUGGCAUACUACAGGGAGUAGAGCGAGGAGCUGAUGAAACUGCUGGAAAAACAAUAGAGGGUUUCCUUGUUUUUUAAAAUCUCAGCGGGGAGCAUGUGCAACCGGGGAACAAUCUUUCAAUUAAAACAGGAGAGCGCCUUCACCAGGAACAGGAGGGGCCCCAGCGGGAGCGCGGUGUGUGCCUGAAGAUGAGAGGACAUUUUGGGAAGCGCUUGUUCUCCGCUGAUUAUGGAGUAAUGGGAACACCCGGCGCAUUGGGUGUAAGGAAGAGGGCCCCCCUGUUGAGUGUAAAUGGGUCAAAAGCUCAUCAUCGCUAGCUCUCUGUGAAGCUA